AUGCAAGACCUCCAACAAGAACAAGCUCAAGCUCAAGAACAGGCUAAAGCACAAGCGCAGGCGCAGGCUCAGGCACAGCUGCAAAGACACCAACAACAGCAUCCGAGUCACUAUGGGGCGAGCCAAGUGCCAAGGCCAAAACCGCUUACUCCACAGGAAAGAGAGAGGAUCUUCGCCUACAGAGACAAAUAUUACUAUUCCCCUAGAUACGCAGAUGACGACUACGAGUACCGUCAUGUGGCAUUGCCUCGUGAUAUGUUGAAAAUUAUUCCAUCAGACUUUUUCGAUGAAUCUGGCACGUUCAAGAUCCUCUUAGAAGACGAAUGGAGAUCACAAUUAGGAAUAACACAAUCUCUGGGCUGGGUUCAUUAUGGCUGUCAUGCUCCUGAACCGCAUAUCCUUUUGUUCCGUAAACCGAAGAACUGA